GGAAUGGAUAAGAAAUGAUCAAUAGCUCCACCGUGCUGUCGCCCCGUCGAACGCAAUUCUUCUGUGAACACAAUAAUCUCCUCUCGAUUCAAUAAAAAUGGCACAGGCACUGGCGACUCCUCUGGCUUCCUCGCUCUCGCUUAUCUGCAACGUCACCACCACCACCACUACAAGCCCCAAAUCUCUCUCUACCUCUCUCUCUUUCCCUACUCCAACCCCUCAUAAGGUCCGCGGGCUGAGCAUCCAGUGCGUGCGCGUGGGCGGCGUGGAGAUUCCCAACAACAAGCGGGUCGAGUUCUCCUUGCAGUACAUCCAUGGAAUCGGACGCUCCGGUGCCCGACAAAUCCUCUGCGACCUCUCCAUGGAAAACAAAAUCACCAAAGACUUGUCCGAAGACGAACUGAUUUCUCUCCGUGACGAGGUCUCCAAGUAUAUGAUUGAAGGCGACCUCAGGCGAUUCAAUGCGCUUGCAAUUAGAAGGUUGAAGGAGAUUCAGUGCUACAGAGGGGUGAGGCACAUUCAGGGGCUUCCCUGCAGAGGCCAACACACGAAGAACAAUUGUCGAACUUUGAAGGGCAAGCGGGUCUCGAUUCCUGGAAAGAAGAAGGCUCCUCGUUAAUUCAAAAUGGGUUUGUUUUCUUUUCUGUGUUUGAUUGAAUUUUAAUCUGUGUUCUUAUGGUGCUUGUUGUAGUAUAAGUUCAAGUACUUGAGAUUGAUUCCAUCCAAUUAUGAUGCUUGAAUUGCAGUUGGGUUUUUUUCCUUA